AUGGCUCGAGAAUUUGAGGCACUCGACCUCAAUGGCCACAACUAUCCUACUUGGGCCAUGGACACGAAGAUCGCUCUUGCAUCUCGUGGGAUAGUGCAUGCAAUCCAGGCUGAGCAGGAUCCUCUGCCGGCCGGAGUUACGCCACUGACAGAACAACAGAAGUAUACCGCCUUAUACAUUAUAAGGCACCAUAUCCACCCAGAUAUCAAGUCUGAGUACUUGGAGGAGGAAUCCCCUAGUACCCUGUUUCAGACCCUCAAAACGAGGUAUGAACAGCAGAAGGCAUUUUUCCUGCCAAAAGCACUCCACGAUUGGACUCAUCUCCGUCUUCGGGACUUCAAAUCUAUCGGAGGGUACAAUCACGAGGUUCAUAAGAUCAGCUCCAAGUUGCGCUUUUGCGAGAAGGAACCUACUGAUGCGGAGAAGAUAGAGAAAACUCUGUCGACUAUGCUCCCAUCUGACAGAAUCCUCCAGCAGCAGUACCGUGCUCGCGACUACCAAAACAUAAGUCGGGCGCCGAUGCAUCUAUCCAACUUUAACUGCUCGAUCCAUGGUGCGAACCCAGUGGACAGACCAAUCGAUGGGGCUCGCAGGAGAUGGAUCGAGAACGUAGGCGGAAAGAUUGAUCGAGCGCGCGCCGGCAGGGACGGGACAGAAAGGGCGCGCGGCGGCGAGGCUGCCGGCAAGCCGGUCGGCGACGGCGGUUGGGCGGCAGCUAGCUCGAUCGAGUAG